GGCAGAGCUGAGCAGUAGCUCGCACUUUUGUCUGGUUGGUUUUCCAAAAAUAACAAUAAAAAAAGACAUGGACAAUGAAUCAAAUGCAAACACAAUAUUCAGUCGCCAAAAUCCACCAAAUACGAACCACCUGAAGCCUCUUUCUGUCUGUUCCCGGAUGGUCAUGUGUGACCAACAUAAAGGUCCUCGUUCCCCAAUGGAGCCUUCUAAUCCUUUUGUCAACUUAAAAAUUAAAAUAGUUAAUGACUCUGGGAAAAAAAGGAAACUGGGGGAUAGUGGCACGAUCAAUGACUACAACAGUCCAUGUAAAAAGCAGUGUAGUUCCAAUGCUCUGUCCCCAGACCUUGGCUGCUUUAUGGACUACUCUAGCCCUCUUACAAGGAACAAUUCACUAUCCCCCUUUGCAGCACCGUACCCUGUGCUUAAAGAAGAGACUCCAGCUGGGAGAGAAACUAAAGAAACGGUGAGCUCUCGGCUGGAUUUGGAGCAUGUUCAGUGUGGGUGCUCCAAAGAGGAGGUAGAGAAGACUGAGAAGAUCGUCAAAAACAUCUCACCUGUGUUUGACAAUGACGUUGAUGACAUCUUAUGCCUCAAUCCACCAAAACUGGAGAUGGUAGAACCAACGAUUAAGGAGGAAAAACCUGACGCUGGACUUGUGGAGGAUGACAGAGGAUACGUUUCCUCUAUCUUGCAUUCAGAAGAAUGCAAGACAGAACAUCCACCAGAGCAGCUGGGGCACGAGCAAGCUUCAACAUGUGGUCCGCAUUUUUCUUUUUUAAUUAAGGACAGUAGCGAGACUGUGAGUGGACCACUGCUGGGACCUGUUAAGUGUGAUGGAAGCUUUUUAGAGGGAGAAGAUGAAGUUUUUAAUAUUGGACAGCCAAUAUUUGAGUCCUCUGUAUGCCAGCCAUCUGCUGAAGUAGAGCAGAAGAGUGGGCUGUCAGAAGCUCUUAAGAUGCCUGUAAACAUAUCCCAGACCUACAACUCUGGAGACUACACUGUGGACACUUUAUAUGAAACCACAUUGCCUUUACAGGUGCAGGUGAAAUCAAAAGUGGUGGUUCCAGGUCAGAGUGAGGGGACCUGCAAACCAGCAUCCUCUACCCAACCAGAACAGAAAACAAGCUCUGCAGACAAAAAGAGGGAUAAAACUGUCAAGCGUGGCAGGGGUCACAGACCCAAAAUCCUUGACAACACUAUGGAAUGGGAACAUCAUAAAAAUCAGUACAUAUUUUCUGUCAAAAGCCACAUGACUGAAAAUCCAGGUAGAGCUCAAGGACCCAUGACUGAACUUCUGGACUUGAUGACGCAUGUUGCCGGUCAGACGGGCUCUAAUGGCUCUCAGUGGCAGCACCCCUCGGACCUCACAUGCAGAAAUUACCAGAAACGCUUUGGGAACGAAACACCAACCAUGACCUUGAGUGAAUGGCAGGCACAGAAUAAUACUCACCACAAGCGCUUCUCCAAAGUCCCCAAAAUUUUCGAAAGAAGCCCCUAUCCUUGAAUGUUUACUUAAAGAAUAACCACGCUGUAUUUGCUCUACGUUUUAUAAAUCUGUAUUGUAUUUUAUUAGACUAUAUCAAUGUUGGCACUGUUUUCUUUCUUGAUUUUGUUGCAUGUAAUCUUGUGUGUUGGCUUUAAAUGUUGCCUUUGUUUUUCUUAAUAUUUUGCAUGUACUUUCUUAUAUUAACGCAUGUUGUAAGAGAUUUGGAUGUUAUUCAUGGUAAAGAUUUAUCUCGUGUGUUUCCAGGAAAUAGGUGGACCUACAUAUAUGUGUUGUGUAUAUAUAUAUAUUUUCUUUUUUACUAGAAAUGAAACAACCAUAGUUUAAUACUCUUCAUCUGUUGCUAUAGAUUUAAAGGAUUAAUCAGGGGGCUGUGGUUUUGUUUGGCAGGGAGACCAGUAAUGAUGUUUGGCCUGUUGAGUUCAUGUAGCAGCUCUGCCUUUGUGUGAUUGUCAGCUUCAUUCUGAAUUCUCCUCCUACAAUAGUAUCUGAGCGCUCUGCAGGUGAAUGCUGACAGAUUUGACGUGUGAAUCUUAUCAGUAUGGGUGUCCUGCACUGAAUAAUCUAUGCUGUUUAAGUCGAGACUUGUGCAGCUAUUUACAAUACAGCAGUGUAUUUCCUUCCCUGUUUAUGAGCAGGAUCACUGCAGCAGAAGAGUUGUUGUUGAUCUGGCAUGCCAUACAGUUGCAUAGCUGUGUUUAGGGUAUCCAAAAACAGGGGGAAAAUAUACUUAAUACUAAGAAUUGUGUUAUUUUGAAGCUCAGUCUGGUUCUAAUGUUGAGAAAUUGAUUUCAGAAGUUUACUUACCUUUUCUAUUACAAGUUGCUGACUUUUCUGUAACUUGAUGAGCCAGAAAUCAGGUUGCUGGGGGUUCUGAUAUUGGAUGAUUUUCUUAAAGAUUUAAUUACUCUCCUAGUUCAGAGGAAAUCUUUCGUUUUAAUCAAAGUUUUGUAAACCUGUUUACCUUUAAAAAAAAAGAAAGUGAGUCACAGUCUUGACUUUCUUACCCAGAAAGAUUGUGUGCACCAAAUUAAGAGCCCAUUAAAAACUUUUUUUGAUUGGAAAAUAUUAGAAUUUUAUUUCAUUUAAGCAUUUACAAGUAAGCAUACACCAUUGUCUUCAUAACUGAAGUGUAAAGAUUGUGCAUAAUAGUUCAACCAUGCUAGCCCUCAUAACCGCUGUACAAUGAUCAUAAAUAUGAAAACACUAAUAAAGCAGUUCAUUUUUUUUUCUAAAACAUGCUUUUGAUUCUCAUUCCUGUUUAAAAAAACAAACACAACCAAUGGGACAAAAUCCACUGUCAUUUUUGACAACGUUUUUCAUCACAGUCUUCUACCAUUACCAAACACAUUUUAAAUGCAGUUCAGUACACUUAUCGAAUGCCACACUGAAACUAAACCUGUGGUUUGACCCCCAAAGUGCUCGGUUGGAAUGUUGUUUUCUUACAGUCGUUACCAUUUGUGGAGUGGUUAAGGAACAGAAAUGUGUGCGCUAUAAAUUCUUGACAUAUUCACAAUCUGCUUAAAAAUGGAGGAUCUUUUGAGUUAUUUAUGGGGCGGUCCACAAUUACAUCAAAUGAAAAAAAAAAUCAGUAAAGCGGUAAAGUAGUUUAGUUCGAUUCAACUAGAAAUGUGUUGGUUUUUUUUGCCUUAAAUUGCCAGGUUAGUAAGAUCAGUGGGUCAAAGCUGGCAUCCAAAUUUAGUAGUGUCAGUUCACAAGCAUUGUCUAAUAUAGUACGUUUCAAACAGGCAUGCUAACAAUGGUGAAAAGUUAUCAUUGGGGAAAGAAAAGCCCCAAACGGGACUCAUAACUUUAAUGACAGAAUUCUUUUUACCAACCCAUUGACUCUCUGAGUUGGGAUGUCUCUUGGUAUGUUUCCAUGAUUCAUUUCAGAAAGUUUCCUCCACAGUCUGGAAACUUUAUCGUGUCAUUUAAAGAUUUAAUAUAUAGUCUUGUCUGUCUAUUCAUGCAUUUCUCCAUGAUCUGUCUUUUCACUUUUUUGUCUUUUUUUGCUUGUUUUAAAAUUAAAUCUUCCUUGCUGAAGAAAUACUUGCCAUACGCUCAUCAUGAACUUUUGUAUUUGUGCCUUAAAUUUAGGAUAAAAUUACUGAAAAUUCUAGAAAUGCAAGUCUGAAUUUUCCAGAGUGUAGAAAAGUCUGUAUUUUCAGACCGUUCCCCAUCUCCUUUAAAAGUUGCUUUCACCCACCAGUCCAUUAAUAGAAAUGGGAAAUGUUUUCCCAUUUCUAUUAAUUUCCUGUUUCUGGACACUGCAUAGGGAACAUUUGUGGUUCGACUUUACAAAUUGACCUCAUGUAAAUUUCAUGCUGGAAUUUUAUUUGAGGAAUAUUCCAGGUUCAACAAGAAAAAUAAAAUUGAAAAAUAUUUGUAAAUUAAGACUUACAACCAGCAUUAGAAGUCCAGUAGAACCGUUCAUCCAUCAACCCAUUUCCCCCACUAUCAAUUCACUUUUCCUUCUUUCCAUCUUUUGUCAUUUCCUCUUCAAUAUAGCUUGUCCACUGGCGUAAAAGUGAAUCAUUUUAGUCUCGAGUCUGGGAAAAUGCAUCUCAACAUGAAGAAAGAGGAAAAUUGUUGUUUUGAAUUAGUCAUGAUGAUUCAUCAGGAUUGACAGGGGAAAUUAAAUUGAUUUUAUUUUUCUAUAUUUAAGGAAGUUUGUCUUAAAACAGGAUGGUGUAACAAAGAUUCGUCUGCAAAAACCUUCCACCUUGUAACUUUACGCAAAGUUGGACAAUUUCAAAAAAGCAUUUCUUACGACAUCCAUCAAAUUCAGUAAAUAGAAUUUUAAUAUUUACACAAAAGGUUAAGAUGUACACUGAUGUUGACCGCAUUUAUAGGAAAUGUGCUCCUUUAAAAAAGUUGAGACUUUCUGUAAGUAGUCGUGGUAUAUUGGUGAUAAUAAUAAAUAAUGCUGGUAAAUAAGUCAAAGUAAGCAUCCGAGUGUCUGUUAUUGUGUAAAUGAGCUUUGAGUCGUGUUAAGUUUGCUGUGAAGUGCUGAUGUGGCUGCAGAGCACCGAGGAGUUUGACUAACGCUAAAUGAGUUUAAUUAGAUGGAAAGUCCCAACGAGCCUGACUUUAAAAUCACACUCUGACAUCGGCCUCUGCUCACUGGAGGAGCACGGUCUUGAACUUUUUCUAAUUUUUUUCUAAGAGCUGUGCCAAAGAUGCAAGAGUGAGAGCCAGAUAACGGUGAUAAAAGCCUCCAUUAAAUUAGUCAUCGUUCUGUCCACUCCACUCAACUGUAACCUUCACUGAUCUCCAUUUACUUCCUCCUUUUUCUUUGUGCUCAAGACUGAAGGGGCAUCAGUGUUUGGCAUGUUUUGGACUAUUUACAGCCCAUUUUCUGAUUUAUACAAGCCACAGCGUUUUCUUUUUCAGUACUCGCUCCUACCAACUCCUCCUUUUGAACAUAAAAGGCAUAAUGACAUAAUAAAAAUUCAUAAGAGUAGUUGAAGUCUUUGUUUUGUCUUUUUGAAAAAUGCUUUCCAUAAAACUGAACAGUUUUGACAAAAAUGUGAACUCCUAGCUUCCCUACAAAUUGAGACAUUUACAUCAGCCUUAUUCCACAAAGCCUCUCUAGACUGACUGUACUAAAUAAGACAUUUAAAAUAUAUUUACAUAUCAGAUACUUGCCAACUCCUCCAAACCACAUGUUACGUUUCCCUUCACUUUGCACAAACAUUUAAAUACUGGGUGAAGGGUAAAUAUAAUGCCACAAAAGUGAGAUACAAAGCCAAACAUCUUAUAAGUUAUGGGAUACAAUUAUUGUUAAGGCAGUACUACUGAGUGUAAAUCAGCCCUCAAAUACAUCAUGUAUGCGCUUACCACAAUAGCUAUUCUCAUUACCAUGGACUUUAAACGCAUGUUCUUAAUAAUAAUUCAAAAAGUCUUGAAAGAAGCCCUUCUGUCUCGACAUCUGUUCAGGAUGCUGUAAAGAAGUCUCACGGUCCCCCAGUUGGGCCCGAUUUAAAAAAUAUUUUUUUCCAUGCUUGCCAAGAGAAAUAUUUUUAUUUAUUUAUUUUUUUCAACAGAGCUGAAAAGGGUUUUUUGAGGAUCACUUAAAAAUGAUA